AGCCACUGUGGGAGGGGCUGGCCAGAGGAACUGCAGGCAGAGAAGGCACAACUAUGGCUUCUGCAGGAGCAGAGGCGGAGAAGGGAUCUCCGAUUGUGGUGGGACUGCUGGUCCUGGGCAACAUCAUUAUUCUGCUGUCAGGCCUGGCCCUGUUUGCUGAGACAGUAUGGGUGACAGCUGACCAGUACCGUGUGUACCCACUAAUGGGUGUCUCAGGCAAGGAUGAUGUCUUCGCUGGUGCCUGGAUCGCCAUCUUCUGUGGCUUCUCCUUCUUCGUUGUGGCCAGCUUUGGUGUGGGUGCAGCGCUCUGCCGCCGGCGGUCCAUGAUCCUCACGUACCUGGUGCUCAUGCUCAUCGUCUACAUCUUCGAGUGCGCCUCCUGUAUCACAUCCUACACCCACCGAGACUAUAUGGUGUCCAAUCCAUCCCUGAUUACCAAGCAGAUGCUGACAUUCUACAGUGCAGACACAGACCAGGGCCAAGAACUGACUCGCCUCUGGGACCGUAUCAUGAUUGAGCAAGAGUGCUGUGGCACAUCUGGUCCCAUGGACUGGGUGAAUUUUACAUCAACCUUCCGGGAGGCCACCCCAGAGGUGGUGUUUCCCUGGCCCCCACUGUGCUGUCGGCGGACUGGUAACUUCAUUCCCCUCAAUGAAGAAGGCUGCCGCCUGGGCCACAUGGACUACCUGUUCACCAAGGGCUGCUUCGAACACAUUGGCCAUGCCAUCGACAGCUACACGUGGGGAAUCUCGUGGUUUGGGUUUGCCAUCCUGAUGUGGACGCUCCCUGUGAUGCUGAUAGCCAUGUAUUUCUAUACCACAUUGUGAGGAACGAGAAGGGAUGGCCAUGUGCACAUCUUGGCCACCUUCUCCACCUGCUCCUGCUUCCUUCAGCUGAAGCUUGGCUGGCUGCCUCACCUUUCCCUUUCCAGCUCUUCACCUUCCCUCCUCCUCCCAAGAUCUUUUACCAGGUUUCUGAGUUCUGCUAGGAUUCUGAACACCCCUGGGCAUGCAUGCAUGGGCCCUUAGUCCUUAACCUCAUUUCAUUUGGUUGAUUCCUGGCCAUCUAUCAGUGGCAACUUAAAUUCCUAUCCUUAGAUCUCACCACCCCUUCAUGGGGGAUAUGGCCUUUAUUACUGAGUGGGUUGUGAUAGACUAUUGAAGCUCUGGUAGACUAGGAUUGCUCUGAGGGGAGGGACAUGUUCUGUCAUAGCCAUUUAUUAUCCCCAGCAUCGCCCAGCACUGGGUUAAGCAUAGAUAUUCAAUAAACACUGUUUGCAU